GAUGGAUGAUGGACCGCACCUGGAGACCACCACAGCCUGAGAAUCGAAUUGGCCUGCGCCUGCGCCCCUUUUCUUCCUGCUUUGUGCCAUCACAUCUGCUUUGCGCUCUGCGGGCGAGUUUCUGGCUGGCUGGCUAGCGGAACGACACAAGUACACACGACAAACGCACGAUUCUACGUCCCCCGUCACGACACUCGCAUACGAUCACUUUCUAGCUGGCUUGCUGGCCCUCACACUCUGACACGAACGGGUAUACGAGUAGAAAAUGCCGCCGGCGCCCAAGAGCGGGGCGUCCCUAUUCCUCGGGUUGGAGCUGGCGACUGACCAGCUGAGGGCGUCGAUAGUGGACGAGAACCUGGAGCUCGUAGGCGUCGAGUGCGUGGACUAUGACUCGGAGCUUUCGGAAUUCCAGACGCAGGGCGGGAUCUUCACGACGCCAGGGGAAGCGUACACAACGCCAGUGGAUAUGUUUGUGAAAGCCUUGGACUACCUCCUCGAAAAGCUGCACAAGAACUACGACCUCGGGCGGAUUCGCUGUAUCGGUGGCUCUGCGCAGCACUGCCUCAUCUGGUGGAAGUCCUCGCCCAUACCGUCCUUUCCUGCCCUUGACGCCCGCCUCCCGCUCUACUCCCAGAUCAGCGCCAACUCCUUCUCAAUUCCCAAUGCUCCCAUCGCCCAAGAUACCUCUGCCCACACACACGCGCUCGCUCUAGAAGCAGCGCUCGGCGGUCCGGACCACAUGGCUGCACGCGUAGGCAUCUGCGCAAGCCCCGCCCUGGUCGCCGCGCAGCUACUCAAGGUGCGCGAGGCCCUGCCUGAUAUCUGGGGGAGGACGGGGCGCGUGCAGGUGGCGAGCGCCUUUAUGGCGAGUCUGGUAUGUGGGGCGUGGGCGCCCAUGAGUGAGGCGGAGGCGUGUGCAACGGGAAUGUGGGUGCAUGGAGGCACGGGGCAGGGAGGAUACUGGGACGACGGGGUAUUGGAUAUCGUUGGCGGCAGUCGGGAGGAUGGGAGGAAGAUUAGGAGCUGGCUGGGUGAGGUGGAUACCGUUGGGUGUGGAAGGAGGAUCGGGACGGUAUCGAGAUAUUUGGUGGACCGGUACGGGUUCGAUCCUGAUACGGGUGUGACCGCGUUCAUACCGGAUUACUUAUCUCUCUACCUAUCUGUUGUCCCUUCACCGUCGGACGCUGUUCUCGCAUUCGGACCCAUGGACCAGUUGAUGACCACCGCACAACACUAUGUUCCCACUCGUCUGUAUAAUAUGUAUCCCCACCCCGCUCAGGACCCUAGUGACAAGAGGAAGUAUGUUCUUACCCUGACUAGCAGAAAUGCUGACGUACCUCGAGCACUUGUCCGAGACAUGUACACCAAGAGCUGGAGUGCAUUUGACCGGCUAGUAGCGAUUGUCCCCCCAGGCGGAUCCAUAGGACUUGACGACAAACUCUUCAGCUUCUGGCUCCUUCAGGCAGAUAGCUACCCCUUCUCGCACGUCAAGGGCAUCUUCCGCUUCGAGACGGGCGUCAAGGUCAACGAGUUCCGCGAUCUCCGCGCAAACCCGCGGUGCCUCAUCGAGAGCCAGGUUCUCUCCUUCCGUGUCCGUUGGUCGCGUCUCCUCGCUACCGGUGCGCUGGGUCCAUCGCCUGGGCGCGGUAAGUCACCACAGCCCAGCCAGACCAACGGGCGCUCGUCGACCGCUUCGACGUCCGCCAUGCCCAUCUCAGCCAGCCUGGGCGUGUCAUUUGACCCUUAUGACCAUGCCCCCCUGCCCGCACGCAUCAUCGCCACAGGCGCGGCGGCGAACUUCCCGUCGAUCGCCAACGUCGUCGGGGACGUGUUCAAUGCGCCCGUGCUCAUGCCGACGACGCAGGUCGACAGUGCGCAGGCGAGCCCGCACCGCAACGCCCCCGCGCCCGGUUUCCCGAGCCGCGCUGCUCUGGGUGGUUCAUACGUUGCGCGAUGGGCGUGGGGGCGAGAGCGCGCUCGGGGGACGUUGGGCUAUGAGGAGGAGAUACGGAGGCUCCUGGGUAAGCGCUGGACGACGAGCGGCGGGCUGCCUGCGCGCACGAACGCGGCGGGGCUGCCGACCACGAUUGGCGUGGGCGUGCCCGGGGCUGGGAGUGCGCCAGGCAGCGGCGCGAGCACACCGUAUGGGCUGGGCCCGCUGGGUCGCAGCGGGCUCGGCUCGAGCGUCGUCGUGGAGGAGGACGAGGACGAGGUGUUGCUAGUAGGACAUGAGGAGCGGAUGCGCACGCUCACGAGCUCGACGAACUUUUCGGCCGUCAGCUCGGGGUCGGGCGUGGGGGCGCCAAGCACCGCGUUCACUACGCCCGACCUGAGCGGGAGUGCGAGCGGAGUCGUGGGUGGAGGGACGAACGGGGGGACGCCGACGCCUGGUGCGGGCGCAACGGCGCUGGUUCCGGUCACGGCGUUGCCGUCGACGACCGACGCGGAGCUGCAGCUGGGUUUGGCACGGGUGGCGGAGGCGGAUGUUGAUGCGUUUAUGGCGUAUGCGUCGCUCGUGCCCGAGUAUUGCCGGCUGGAGGGGAUGCUCGUGAAGGGUCUCGUCUAG